AGAUAUCAUCCACUUAUGUGGGCUUGUGUACUCUGGCAAUCGUUUUGGUCGCCAGUGUGUUGUUGGUGUCUCUGCACAGAACACGUAUUAUACAGCAAAAUGCCGAAGGUUGUAUUCACAUACUUCCCGCUGAAGGGCCUUGGCGAGUCCGGUCGGCUACUGCUCGCCUACGGAGGCCAGGAGUUCGAAGACCGACGCAUCACCAAAGACGAAUGGCCAGAGCACAAACCAAAGACCCCAUUUGGUCAAUUGCCAGUUCUGGAGAUCGAUGGCAAGCAGUACGCGCAGAGUGUCUCCAUAGCGCGCUACCUCGGUCACAAGUUCGGAGUCGCGGGCGCAGACAUCGAGGAAGACUUCGAGAUCGAUCAGAACGUCGAGUUCCUUAACGAUAUUCGCUUCAAAAUGGUAGCGGUGGCGCACGAGCCUGAUCCAGAAGUAAAGAAGAGGAAGCAUGAAGAGAACGUCAAGAAUGUCUACCCUGGCCUGCUGAAGAAGCUCAAUGAAAUCAUCACCAAGAAUAACGGACACCUCGCGUUGGGCAAGCUAACAUGGGGAGAUUUCGUUUUGGCGGGAAUAUACGAGACAAUGAAGAAGAUGCUGGAAAUCCCCGACAUGGACAGCCAGUACCCAGCCCUCAAGCAGCUGGUGGACUCAGUCAACUCGCUGCCCGGUGUCAAGGAGUUCAUUGCGCAGGCGCCGCCAUCCGAGUUUUAAUGGACUAUAAUGCCGACGAGGGAACUAAACCGUGGUCACACCCCGGACACUCCAUAGACAAAUCUCAUUCUAAUCGCGUGCCAUCUUACCGCGUAAGAGAAUCCAAUACUAAUUGAUGCGGGGCGGAGUUACCGUUCUACAAGUACGUAGUGUGGCGUAUGACAAGGCUGAAUGAUGUUGUAGCCAAUGCCAAAUAAAUUCGACUCACGCUUGGCCAUAUGUCACAUCGCUCGCCCCCGGAUACCCCCGGACCUCACCUCGCUCUCAUGGGUGACAGGCUCGCUGGGCGACAGGUGCACUUUUAACUCGCUCAGAGAUUUUUAUAUAAUUUAUUGUGUGAUUGUAUUGUUUAUUCUGUUCCAUAAUAUAUCCGUGUGUGUUGAUGAACAAUAGAAGAUACCCAUCACAGUUCGGACUUUUAUUUAUAAAAGGAGGCCCAUCUCCUCCUCAGUAGUAUUAUUCUUUAUAUAAGUAAUAAUAA